GCAAAGACAGUUGAGGGCGACAGAGGGAAAUGUGUUUCCAGCGUCCCAAAACUUCAGCAGCAUGCUUAAGUAUUUGAGAUUUGGUCGGCGACUUAACUAAGCGCAUGUAUUUCACCUCAGCAAACCAUGUCUGUUGCCGCAUUGGACUUUUACUCUCCAGUUUUCAGCAUCACCGGAUCUAUGACUGUCAGAUGGAGAAGUUUACAUCGCGACUCGCAGGUCACCCGCUUUGGGAAGUACUAGAUUUGGCAUUUGGGAAUGACUGCGGGAUGUAAUUUUGUACUGCAGCGUUGCAUUGAGACCUUCAACAGUUAUAAAGGGACAUUCUGAUAUGGAAGUAAUUCAACAGCUCUGUCAUGUCUUGACUGCACCAAACACUCGCGAGGAAGAAUGAAGUAAGCGCGAUGGAGCCGGACAAUGGCCCGUACUCCAAACUCAAAGCAGCUGGAGUCGGGGGGAGAGCUGUCUUUCUCUGCAUGGUUCUUUACUGUUCAUGCUGCCUGGGGUUUGCACAGACACAGCCUACAGAUGUGGACAUCCUGCAAAGGCUGGGAUUGGUUGGGAAAAGACCUUCACUUGGAACACGCUCCACACCUCAAGGUGUCAUCCCUUUCAAAUCUGGAAUCAUCCUAACACAGAGGGCGCGAAUUGAUGUCCCUGUUAGCUCUGUCAUACCUGCAUCAUUGGGCACGGCAUUCACUCUUAUCCUCAGCGUAUGUUCGCAUCGCAUAAACAAUGCUUUCCUCUUCACCAUUGUGACAAAGAGGAAGAGACUGCAGUUAGGGGUGCAAUUCAUCCCUGGAAAAAUCUUAGUUUAUUCAGGCCAAAAAAACACUGUAGAUUUUGAUUAUGAUAUUCACAAUGGCCAGUGGCACAACCUGGCUUUGGAAAUCCAAACCCAAAGGGUUAAAUUAUACACUUCUUGUGGGAAGACAAGUGUAAAUGCAGAUUUGCAUUUUAAAAAUGAGGAAACGCUGGAUCCAGAAGGCUCCUUUCGUUUGGGAAAAAUGAGCCAGGACUCAGUGCAGUUUGAAGGAGCCAUCUGCCAAUUUGAUAUACAUCCCUCUGCGAAGGCAGCUCACAAUUAUUGUAAGUAUAUUAAAAAACAGUGUAGGGAAGCUGACACCUAUCGACCAAACCUUCCUCCUCUUUUACCAUUAUUACCCCUGGACCCCAAUAUAUCUGUCACCGUUCACACCUCACUUCUUACAACAGAGCUUUCCAAUAGGCAGUUUAGUCCUAGUCUUUCACUAACACAAAACAAGAUGCAAAUUAAUCAUGAGACCUUGCAAGACCUGAACUCGUCUGCUCUGAUGACUUCUCAUUCUGGCGCAGUCCUGACUGUACAAAGCACUGUGCCACCAACAAUAGCCCAGCCCACACUCCAGCUCCCCCUGCAGGCCAUAACUCAAACUGACAUUGCCCUGUUUGGAAGUAGGACAUCACAAUCAUCUCCAAAGCCAACUCAACCAAGCAGCCCUACAAAGAACCUCCUGAGGUCAACUGUAAAACCCCAGACAUUAAAAAAGAAUGAGAUGGCUGUCACUGUCAAACCAAAAGAGAAAAAAAUGGAUACACCGACAUCUGCAAAAAUGAAACCUAAACCUUCUAGCGCAUUCAGGGUUUCAGAGAUGACAACAGUUGCACCACGGAAACCUCAGCCAAACGUGAACACCUCUCUCGAAGCCAAACCCACAUCUUCUGUGCCUGUCACCCCUGCAGCCACAGAUGGUCUCCAAACCUUUGACCUGGAACCAACCCAAUACUCCCUCUUGGCUGGGGCACCUGGACUGAAAGGAGAACCUGGAUUACCGGGACCUCCAGGGCCUCCUGGCAAGCCAGGAUUACCAGGAAAGAGAGGGCCUGUGGGCCCCCCUGGUCCACAUGGAAACCCAGGCCGCCCAGGGCUCCCCGGACCCAAGGGGAAAAAGGGAGACCCUGGAAUCUCACCAGGCAGAGCGGCAAGUGGAAUAAAGGGUGACCCUGGGAUAUUGGGGCUACCCGGACUGCCUGGUCAAGCCGGUCGGAAAGGACAGAAAGGCCAUUCUGGUCCUCCCAGCCAUCCUGGAGAUCAAGGAGAAAGAGGACCUGAUGGAAGCCCAGGUGCCAAAGGCUAUCCUGGCAGGCAGGGUUUGCCGGGGCCUAUAGGAAAUAUGGGACCAAAGGGAGUACGGGGCUUCAUUGGAAUUCCAGGCGUCUUUGGUCUCCCCGGACCUGAUGGAGAAAGAGGUUUACCUGGUGUUCCUGGGAAGAAGGGCAAGAUGGGUAGGCCGGGCUUUUCAGGAGAUUUCGGGGAGCGUGGACCACCAGGACCCGACGGAAACCCAGGGGAGAUGGGUGCCCCAGGACCUGUUGGUAUCCCUGGUCUUAUUGGUGAUAUGGGCCCAGUUGGAAAUAUGGGUCUUCCUGGGCCAGCGGGACUGAAGGGUGUGCAAGGAAACCCAGGAGAACCUGGACUGAAAGGUGAUAAGGGUGAAGAUGGGUUGCCAGGAGAACCUGGGGAACCUGGAUUUCAAGGUGACAAGGGUAUUCAAGGCUCACCAGGUUUACCAGGAAUUCGAGGAAAGCCAGGGCCACAGGGGAAGCCUGGAGAUCGUGGUCCAGAUGGUUUGCCAGGCCCACCUGGCCCUGAGGGCUUUCCAGGGGAUAUUGGACCACCAGGACAGAAUGGUGUUGAGGGCCCAAAGGGAAGCACAGGAGUGAGAGGAAUCCCAGGCCCAAGAGGGGUUUCUGGACUGGAGGGGGAUGCGGGCCCAAUUGGACCAGUGGGGGCUUCAGGACUGGAGGGUAGACCCGGGAGGAAGGGUUUCCCUGGAAAUCCAGGAGCAGAGGGAAUGAAGGGAGAGCCUGGAAUCACUGGGAAUGUUGGGAUGCUUGGUGAGAGGGGUCCUGUCGGUUUCAUUGGGCCUGUUGGUGAGAUAGGGCUUGCUGGAGAAAAGGGAGAUCGUGGUGAGAUGGGUCUGCCAGGGCCACCAGGAGAAAAGGGAGCGAUGGGACAUCCAGGAGCUCCGGGUGAAAGAGGGCCAUCUGGACCAGCAGGUAUACCAGGCACCCCCGGUUCUAGGGGACUCAGUGGCACCAGAGGACCCCAAGGCAGAAGGGGUGCAACAGGACCAGAUGGACCAGUUGGGGAGAAAGGGUUGAUAGGAAUCAAGGGUCCUGACGGCCCACCAGGAAAACAAGGUUUCACUGGCCAAAUGGGUAAAAUUGGUGAAACUGGUGAAACUGGAGCAACUGGAUUUACAGGUGUUCAAGGACCAACUGGGCCCCCUGGAGCAAAGGGAAUUUUAGGUGAACCUGGUCCUUCAGGUCCACCUGGAAUAUUAGGUCCACUGGGUGAGAUUGGAGCAGUGGGUCUACCUGGAAAAGCCGGGGAGCAGGGCCUACCAGGUGAACCAGGAGAGAAGGGUGCAGUUGGGUCUCCUGGAAAUAUGGGGGAGCAAGGCUUGAUUGGACCUAGAGGUGACCCUGGGCUCGAUGGGGAGGACAGUCCAAGCGGUCCUGAUGGAGCUAAGGGUGAUAAGGGGGAUAUCGGAAUGGAGGGGGAAACUGGUGAAAAGGGAGCCAUUGGAUUUAAAGGAAAAGAAGGGCGACCAGGAGAUCCCGGCUUAAUGGGCAUCAAGGGUCCUGAAGGCAAACCUGGAAAAAUUGGUGAGAGGGGAAAACCAGGAGACAAGGGUAGCAAAGGUCACCAAGGUCACCUUGGAGAGACUGGACCAAUCGGGGAGCAAGGUGCUAUGGGUUUUAUCGGGCCAAAAGGAAGCAGAGGAACUACUGGAUUUGUGGGUGCUCCUGGAACAAUGGGUCAACAAGGAGAAAAAGGUUUAGUGGGUUAUGAAGGUCACCAAGGUCUGCAGGGUCCAAUAGGAUCCCCAGGACCAAAAGGUGAAAAGGGAGAGCAAGGAGAUGAUGGGAAGGUUGAAGGUCCACCUGGUCCUUCAGGUGACAUCGGACCUGUUGGCAACAGAGGAGAAAGGGGAGAACCUGGUGACCCUGGAUACCCAGGUCAUGAAGGUGUUCAUGGGAGAAGAGGAAAGCCAGGGGCACCUGGACUCCCUGGAAAUGCUGGGCCAAAAGGUGUUCCGGGGCCCGAAGGGUCCAAAGGCAAUGAAGGUCCAAAAGGCAAAAACGGUCCCCCAGGUGAAUCUGGAAGCCGAGGGUCCCCUGGUCUUGUUGGUCUUCCUGGCCCCAGAGGAGUUGUUGGUCGUGAGGGACUUGAGGGUGAUCCUGGGGUAGAUGGACUCACUGGGAAAGAUGGAGCUAAAGGAAUUCCAGGUGAGCAUGGAGGUGAUGGGGAGGUUGGUCUGCCUGGAAAACCAGGUCCUCAAGGCAAAACAGGUGUACCAGGUCUACCAGGAAUUCAAGGCUCUUUUGGGCCAAAGGGUGAAAGGGGCCUCUUUGGCCAAACUGGACCUCCGGGCAAGAGAGGGUUUACUGGAGGGAUGGGAUUUCCUGGAAAACAAGGUGACCGAGGGGUCAAAGGGCAACCUGGUGAUACUGGUGAACAGGGAUUUCCUGGAGUUUUUGGAAUGUUUGGACCAAAGGGUCCACCAGGAGACCUUGGUGCAGUUGGUAUCCAGGGUCCAAAGGGUCCUCAGGGUUUAAUGGGGAUGCAAGGAGUCAUCGGACCUGUUGGUAUCAUUGGGCCUGGUGGUAAUUCAGGACCACAAGGAGACAAAGGAAGUAAAGGGGAAAUGGGUUUUCAGGGACCCAGGGGACCUCCAGGUCCUAGUGGACCACCUGGACCUCCAGGGCCUCCUGGUGUAUCUCUUUCUCUUGACAAUGAGGCUCUUGGUGCUGCUUUACAUGUGAUUAUUGAUUCCCGCUCUGCAUUAAGGUCCGAGAUAAAUCAAGAUACUGACCUUCCAGUAUUGGACCAGGGAUCCGAUAUAUUUAAGACCCUUCACUACCUCAGUAUCCUGAUCCACAGCAUCAAGAACCCGCUGGGAACGCAGGAGAAUCCGGCUAGAAUGUGUAGAGAUCUGUUUGAUUGUGAACAUAGGUUGAAUGAUGGCACUUAUUGGAUAGAUCCUAAUCUAGGCUGCUGCUCUGACAAUAUUGAGGUGACCUGCAACUUCACCAAUGGAGGCCAGACCUGCCUUAAGCCAGUAGCUGUGUCCAAGUUAGAGAUUGGAGUUAGUCUGAUCCAAAUGAAUUUUAUCCACCUCCUGAGCUCUGAGGCUGUGCAGAUCAUCACCAUCCACUGCCUGAACAUCCCUGUUUGGGCAGCAGGGGACUCCAAAAUACCUUCCUCUAGUGCAGUGUACUUCAAAGCCUGGAAUGGGCAGAUAGUUGAGGCUGGGGGAUUCAUUGAGCCUGAUCUGAUAAAGGAUGACUGCUGGAUUACAGAUGGCCGCUGGCAUCAGGCACAGUUUGUUUUCCGGACGCAGGACCCAAAUUUACUGCCCAUUGUGGAGGUCUACAACUUGCCAAGCACUAAACCUGGCUCACAUUACCACCUGGAAGUUGGCCCUGUUUGCUUUUUAUAAAAAAAAAAAAAAAAAAGGGAUGAUGGACAACCUUAAUUACCCUUGCUACAGAGGAUCUUUUUAGGUUUAGAGGCCAAUGAAACUGGUCUGAAUUCUGUACCUCUCCUCUCAAGCCUGGACUGCAGCCUUAAACAUGAGGACAAAGGAAUCUGGAGCAGCUUUGGAGUAAGCAAGACUUCUUAUGCUAGCAGCUCUGGAUGACAUAUGCUCUUUUUUCAGAGCUGUGCUUCUUGUUUCUGGAAAACAAGGCCUGAAUAUUUUGCUAGAGGUGCUUCUAAAACUUUUUCAGAAUGUUACAAGUCUUAAUUUAUUCAUAUAGUUGUGUUUUUCGCACAUCAUGUGGGAAACCGAUAAGGAACAAUUUAAACAUUUAAUUGUAUUAAAGUACUUAUUUUGUAUUCUAUAGUUACACAUGAUCAUGUGUAUUUAUUCAUGUACUUUUGUGUUUAUGUAUAUUUUCUGUAAAGUGCAAUAGAGAAUGGAGAGAUUUUUUGAAGAUAAAUCUUGUAUUUGGCUGUCCAGGUGAGUAAGGUUUACUGUCACACAUAUCAUUCAAUUCAGGUUGUUGUGUAUACUUGCAUAUACCAGCAGGUCUGAAGUCUAUCUAUUGUAAGCCUCUGAUACUAGCUAAGUGGGGUUCAGAUUUGCUGGGAUGAUAAUUACAUACUUAGACUCACCAACACACAUGCAUAUACACACAUAUUCAUGCAAAAGCCAGCAUAUGACUCACCAUUUAAGUAAUGGAGGUGGAUCCAAACUUGAAAAUUAACAUGUAAAUGUCUACCUCCCAUCUUUCAUUUUUUGGGAAAACAAGUUUUAAAGAAAAAGAUUCACAUUUAACUCCUGUGGUUUGAUUUAAUUGAAAGAAGAAUCUGUUUCUGUCAAAUGUUUUUAAUUUAAGUGCCUUUAAUAUACUUGGAAAGGGAAUAUUUUUGUAUACAUUUAAAAAAAAAAAAAAAAAUAGUUAAAAUAUUAUUUUUGCAGCCACACAUAUAUUGUUAAUCCUUUAUUUUCUAGUAUGCCUUUUUUCUUUGAACUGAGAAGACAUGAGAAUUGUUUGUCAUAGCAACAGUGGUGUUCAUACAGAUGUCAGUUUUAUUGUAAAGGGCCAUAUAGUGCAAAAACACUUUGUGCUUUAUAUUACACUUGCCUCUCAUCACACAGUGAUUUUCAUCAAGUGCAUUAUAUUAGUCACAUCUGGAAAAAAGCCUUUUGUGACUGCAGAAGUAAUUGUUUGACAUGGAAAAUACACUGCUCUGUGUCAUAUUAUGUCUUUUGUUGAGGUGCUUGUGCAAAGCCAAAGGUUAUGGUUACAAAUUAUUCAUCAAAACGAGGGCACUAGCAACUUCCACUAUAAUGGGUUAGUACGUUUGUCAUGAGUGGCUUUAAAAUUACGUUAAGCUAAAUAUUCUUUAGUUGUGACCAAAAAGAGGUAUUUAUAUUUGAUUCUUACGAAUAGAGAUUUACCAUGAAAAUAUUGACAGAUCCAAGCGGUAGCCCUGACAGAUGGACUGGUCAAUUGGCUAUGCACUUUUGAAGCUACAGGGUUGAUGCCCCAUGCAGAAGUAUGACAUUAUGGGAUUAAAUUGGCUAUGCAAAUUUUGCUACAUAAAUAUGCAUUGUGUCACUAUAGCUGCCAACCAUGGGCACUCAAUCUAGAGCAGUGGUUCCCAAACGUAUCAGACCAUGCUACUUGUUAUACAUUACACAACUAAUUAUGUGUCAAACCAGGUUUGACAUCAGGGAUGUCAAAAGCCAUUAGUUCUGUGUCUAGUGACAAAUUGCAAGGAGGAGAAGGAAAGAUUAUUGUUAAACAUAGUUAAAUCAAUAAACAGAUGUUUAAAAAGUACAGCAACAGUCUCAAAAACUUGCCUACAUUUUUUUUUUAUCAAUCCUUAAGCCUCUUCUCUGCUAUUGUUGGGGACAUAAAUAAAAAUGAAUGAACUAAAAUGCAGUGUAAUCAAUGGCAAGAGCGAGAAGAAGAGAACAGCAGGAAAAGAACACGCAUGUAGUUUAUACAGAACAUGGUUGCCAUGUAGACUAUAUAUUUCAUUAUAUGUAAAAGAGCAUGUAAACUUAUUUUUGUAAUUAAGGUUUAACAAUAAUAUGGACAUUGGUUGAUAAAUGGUGUGGAUUUACAGUAAACAUGGUCAGUCAAUGUAUGGAUUUAUUAUUGAUAAUGAAAAUUAUUAACUGAUGAUGAUUUGUUGAAUAGGCUGCAUUUAAUGGGCAGACACCAGUAGGUGCACUCACUUUUUUAGAAAACCUUGCCAACCGCACGUGAACAUUCCAUAUGAAUGAAUGAACGAAUGAAAAACUUGUGCAUGGGCUUUUAUUGUAUUCUGUCUCACCAUAUUAGGAUUUGUGGACAUCCAUGCAUUCGUUCACCUGCGCAUGAUUUUAAGAUGAAUUGCGAUUUAUAAAGUGGGAUACAUGAAGGAACAUAUUUUCGUGCAUAGGGACAUUUUAUAAAUCCUUCGUCGGAACAUUUAGGAAAUUGUCCUAAAUUCACAUUUAAGAUCAUUUUACAAACGUCUUAAUAAAUUAGAGCAUUUUAAAAAGUUUUUCUGUUUGGGUCCUCGAUACCUUUGGCACAAAAGCUGCAGAAGGUCCUUCUGAGAUUUGAAGUCCAGAGUGCUAACCAUUACACCAAGCAUUUUUAACAGUAGGGCACCCUGGGGGUUGACAACAUAAUUGCUCUGCGGAAAGGUGUACAACCUGGGCAGAAGGCAGCCAAGGACUAAAAGUGGUGGCUGAAACCCAGGAUUAAACCAGGGACCUUUAAAUCUUCAACCUAGUGCUCUCCCAACUGGGCUAUUUCAACCUCAAACUCAGCAUUGCUCGAUACAAAUUUCCAUGAGGCCAGCUGGCAUGGAAGAGCUGAGCAGAAGAGAGAUUCAGAACAAAAGGCUUCUGGGCCUGUAUGGGGAUCAAAUCUCCAACUUUGGCAUUAUUAGCACCACGCUCUAACUGGCCAUGCAGAACUGCUGUCUGGGGCCAAAUUCCCACAACAUGCUUGUAAGUUUGUGAUGCUAACAGUAAGAAAAUGCACUCCAUGGGAUGAAGCUUGUAGAGCAAGAACAGGACCUGUCGCAGCCUGUCAUGAUUCACUGUUGUUUGCCUUGUAUUUCUCCCCUGUCAUCUAUUCCUCCUGGACUACACUUCCCAUAAUUCCCUGCCCUCAUCACUGCCAGCUGUCCUUGAUUGUCUUCACCUGUCUUUCAUUACCCAUUGUGUAUAUAAUGCCCUGUUGUUUGCGUGUUCUUGGUCAGUUGUUAUGUGUUUUGACCGCCUGUUCAUUGACCCAUUCCCAUCGUGGAUGUUUCUUUUUUUGUUCCUGUGUUUACCCCGUUUAUCUGUACUUUGUUUACUUUAUUAAAAACUAGUUUGCUUCA